UCCUGAACCCUAAUAAUAAAAUUCCAUUCCAUACAUAUUAGUGCUACAAUCCAAUCCCAUCCCUUACCACUGCUACUGCUACUCCGGGCGGUUUUCAAGUGGCAGCUUGAACCGGCGAAUCACACGCGUUCUUGUCUUCAGCUUUCUUUCAGGUAGCAAUGGUUCGGCCUUAUGCGGUAAAGGGAAAGAAGAGAAAGAAGAGCGAAGGGAAACACUAUAGGGAAGAAGCUGAUGAGCAACAACAACUUGAAGCUGUUAAGAGGACUAUGUUUCACAAAACUGCGAGUAAUGGAGAUGAUGAACAAGCAGUAGAUACGGAAAAAGAUGGUGCUAAUGGUGAUAUUGAUGAGCUUGAUGGAAUCCCACUGGCCCCAAGUGAUCAAAAGGAUGUCAACAGAGCUGGGGUCACCUUUAUACUCGAGAAAGCUUCUCUGGAAGUCGCCAAAGUUGGAAAGACUUACCAGCUUUUGAACUCCGAUGAUCACUCCAAUUUCUUGCGGAGAAAUAAUAGAAAUCCUGCUGAUUACAGACCUGAUAUUGUUCAUCAGGCUCUUCUAAUGAUCUUAGAUAGCGUACUGAAUAAGGCUGGUAUGCUGCGAGCUGUGUAUGUGAAAACUGAUAAAGGCGAUCUGAUUGAAAUCAAACCUAAUGUUCGAAUUCCUAGGACAUUCAAGCGGUUCGCGGGUAUCAUGUUGCAGCUGCUACAGAAACUGAGUAUAAAUGCUGUUGGUAAGCGUGAAAAACUCAUGAAGGUGAUCAGAAACCCCGUGACACAGUAUUUACCUCUUAACUCCCGCAAGAUAGGCCUCUCGUAUAGUUCAGAAAAAUUGGUUAAGUUGCAAGAUUAUGUAGAAACAUAUUCAAACGACACAAGCCUAGUUUUUGUGGUUGGUGCAAUGGCUCAUGGAAAAGUUGAGACGGACUAUACUGACGAUUAUAUAGCAAUUUCUAGCUAUCCAUUGAGUGCUGCAGUCUGCAUCGGAAAGAUUUGCGUGGCAUUGGAGAAUAAAUGGAAUCUAUUGUGAUCUACAGGCUUCUACAUCUUCUAGAUGAUAAAAUUAGUCCUGAAAUAUCUUAUAUUCUAGGUAAAACUUGUAAUUCCUGCAAGUUCUUUUGGAGAGCAUAUACAAAUUUUUAUUAUAUAUUUAUUAGAUUUUUUUGA